CUCCAAGUGUCCAGAUCACUCCCAACUUCAUGCUCCAAGGGGCAACAUUAUUGGCGUUGAUAGAAUAGAAUCUUUAAUCCCUUCUUGCAGUCUCAUCAUUCUACACAUCAUGGCGACGUCAAGAAUCAAUUCCAAAUCUCCCACCAUAAAACGCAUUCUCCGCGAAGCAGCAGAACUUGCCAAUUCUCCCUCCCCCGACUUCCAUGCAGCCCCAGCAAACGAUGCUGAUCUAUUCGACUGGCAUUUCACACUGCGAGGACCUCCCUCGUCUUCAUUUGCCGAAGGUAUCUACCAUGGUCGAAUCGUAUUACCUCCUACGUACCCAUUGCGCCCUCCGUCCUUUCGAUUCCUCACACCUAGUGGCAGAUUCGAGGUAAAUAGGGAGAUUUGUCUCAGCAUUAGUGGCCAUCAUGAGGAGACGUGGAUGCCAGCUUGGGGAGUGCGAACGGCUCUCGUUGCGCUGAGGAGUUUCAUGGAAACAGACCCCAAAGGACAACUUGGUGGUAUGGAUUGUAGUGCUGCAGAAAGAGAACGAGUCGCGAAGAGUAGUUCGGCUUGGACGUGCUCGGUAUGCGGACGAAGCAAUAACGAAAUUCUCAAAGAGAGCGAAGAAGCCUCGAAGAAGGAAGGGUCUUCGUCGCAAGAGGUAGAAGUACCAAAAGAGUUGAAUAUGGCGUGGAAGGAUGAGUUGAAGGGCACCGUAAAAUCCAAGCAUGAUUCGGAGGAGGAAGCUUCUUUAGCAGAAGGGUUCUUUGGGACCGGAACAGAUGGUGCUCUGGAUACUCGGCCGGCAGAUACAGUUGCAAGUAUUUCAACGUCACCAAUUCCUGCAAGGCCUCCGCAAGGCGUCCCCCAACCAACAGGUACUGUGACGCCCAGGCCACCAGCGAUUCCUGUUCAAGCAGUGCAGAGGAGGUCCAACGAUGGAGUUCCGAUGUGGAUUGAUAGGACAAUUGCCGCUAUUGUCAUUCUACUAGUCGCAAUGGUCUUCAAGAUACUGCUUGGGUUAUGAUCUAAUUGCCGGCGUUCUAUUCAUUGCGGAGUGUCGAUACUUUACAUCGGUCAACAUAGCUAGGAGUCAUUCGGUAUGGUUGGCGUUCAUGGAUACCAAUGCAACAAAUUUGAGAGUAAGGAUACAUCAAUGAGAUCGAAACAUGAGAACGGCUCCAAAGUUUUCUUCUGCAC